GCCUACUCUCUCUCUUGUUUAACCCACCCACCUCGUGCUCAACAGCUCAAUCGAGUCUCCCAACAAAAGACCACCACACCGCACCAACCUCCCCACUCCUGCUCCCUUCCGCGACUCAAGUCUCCAACCAAAUUCCCUUCCGAUUCCUCCACUCCUCUCGCCCCCCGAGGCACACUCCCCAAACCCUAGCUCUCCCCCCUCCCGCGUCGUCGCCCCCGCGCCGAGCUCGAGCGCCGCAGAUGGGCUCCGACUCCAAGGAGCUGCUCGGGAUCGAGCCCCUCGAGCUGCGCUUCCCCUUCGAGUUCAUGAAGCAGAUCUCGUGCUCCAUGGAGCUCACCAACAAGACCGACGACUACCUCGCCUUCAAGGUCAAGACGACCAGCCCCAAGAAGUACUGCGUUCGGCCCAACAGCGGCAUUGUGCCGCCGCGGUCCACCAGCAGCGUCGUCGUGACAAUGCAGGCGCUGAAACAGGCGCCGCCCGACAUGCAGUGCAAGGACAAGUUUCUCGUGCAGAGCGCUGUGGUGACGGAGGGAACAGCAGUAAAGGAUAUCACUGGAGAGAUGUUUAAAAAAGAAUCAGGCAAUGUGGUGGAUGAGGUGAGACUGAAGGUUGUCUACGUGCAACCACCCCGGCCACCAUCGCCUGUGCGGGAGGGAUCUGAAGAGGGUUCGUCGCCUCGGCCUUCAUGGUCAGAUGGGGCAAACAUAAAUUAUCAAGAUAUGCAGGCAACAAGGGAAUCUGAUGAGCCACCAUUGUCCUCGGCGCACAAGGAACCAUCUGAGAUAACCACUGAGACAUCCCCGUUGAUUUCAAGAUUAACUGAAGAGAGAAACUCUGCUAUUCAGCAGAACAACAAGCUUCGUGAGGAACUGGACCUUGUGAGAAGGGAGAUCAGCAAGCAGAAUGGCAAUGGCGGUUUCCCGUUGGUGUUCGUGGUUGCCGUUGCUCUGCUGGGAAUUCUGCUGGGUUGUCUCAUGAAGAGAUAGAGGACCCCUGUGUAAUCCUGCCUGCAUCUUGUUAGGCUCCUGUCCUCAUCAAAAUGGAGCAGUGUUGUCAUCUGCAUUCUGAUGCGCUCAUUUACAUGUCCGGCACUACUACUUAACAGCACAAUAUCUUAGGGUAUGAUGUCGCCUGUAGUUGCAAGCGUCAGAUUGGGUUGACCAUCAUACCCGGUUGAGUAGUCGUCACGGUUAACCUUAUGGUUGUUUGUCAUAUAUGACUACUGUUAGCUUGGGCAUUAGUAUAACUUGGUAUAAUUGUUAAAAAUGAAUUUCGCCUA